UCAUUAGUUGCUUAAGAUUUAAGAACUCACUUCACACAAACACUUGUUUCUAGAGAGAGAGAAGGAUGGAGAAUCUAUGGCGAUCAGCAACAGGCCAAGAACCAAACCCAUCAGACUACACCGGAAUCCAAUUCUGGUCAAACCCAGAACGUUCCGGUUGGUUAACAAAACAAGGUGACUACAUCAAAACCUGGCGUCGCCGUUGGUUCGUUCUUAAACAAGGUAAACUCUUCUGGUUCAAGGAACCAUCCGCCGCCACUUCUCCUUCCUCCGUCCCCCGCGGCGUCAUCUCCGUCUCCACUUGUUUAACUGUCAAAGGUGCUGAGGAUGUUCUUCAUAAAGCUUCCGCUUUCGAGCUUUCGACGCCGCAGACUACGAUGUUUUUUAUUGCUGAUAAUGAUAAGGAUAAGGAGGAUUGGAUUAAUUCUAUUGGGAGAGCUAUUGUUCUUGGGUCUAGAUCUCAUGCUGCUUCUGAGGUUAUUGAUUAUAAUAAUCAAUCUUCUGCUACUUGAUGAUCAUCAUCAAUUUUUGAGGUUUACCCUCUUUGUAUAAUAUGAUUCUAUCUUUGUUUUGAAUAAUUAACCCAGUUGUAAAAGUUUUUCUAUUUGUUUUAAUUUUCAUUUUAUCAAUAAAUUUUGUUACUUUUUUGCUUUUUGUUAAUUGGGUUAUGUUGGAUUUUGGAUAUAA